AUGUUUUUUAAGUAAAAUGCUUAAUUUAUUUGUAGUUUUGGUCGAUUUUUUGGAUUUGGUAUGCAAUCUAAAUUAGAUAAUCUCCUUACAAAAGAAAACCUAACUUUAGAAACAAUUUUAAAUGAAGAUGAUAUAUUACAAGAACUAAAAAUGUCUAGCUCAGGAAAAUUUGCUGAUUUGUAAAAAUUUAAAUAUUAUUUUAAGCAUAAUAUCUCAUCCAGAUGAAUUUAAAAAAAUGAUUCAUUAUAUAAUUGAUGAUGUUUAACCAGAAGAAUAAGAUAUUCAUAAAUAUAUAAAGUAAUUUUGAAUAUUAGAUUAUUAGAUAUUAAUUCAUCAUAAGUGAAGUCUUUGGUUCUGAAAAUGAGAAACUAAUAAAUUAUUUAUUAUAUAAUCAUAUUGAAAAUAAUCAAAAUGAUAUUUAAAACUCCCAAGAAGAUUAACAAACUGAAUCAUAAUAAGAAAAUAAAUAAUUAAAUUAUAACCCCUUAAUUGAUGAUUUUCUUAAAGUUUUAUAAAAUGAUACUUUAUUAGUCACUACAGCUGGUUAUAUAAAUAAGAUUAUUGGAGCCAUUAUUCAUAGAAAAGGACAUGAUGUAAAAGUCUAUUUCAUUUAUAAUAGUUUUGGAAGUAUUUAAUAAAAAAUCAAACUGUAAUUAAAAAUUUAUUCAAACAUGUUGAAUUAAAACAUAUAUCUGAAAUUUUAGAAAAACUACUAAUUCUAGAUACUAAUUAAGAAGAAGAAAAUAAUGAUAAUAAUUUUCUAAUUGAGAGAUCUGCAUUGAUUAUAAGACUUUAGAAGUUCUUAACUCUCCAUUCCCAUUGUAAUAUAAUUAUUUCAAAUGUUUGUGAGAUAUUCAUAGAACUCUAUAAAAGAGUGUUAAUAUCACUUGAAACCAUGUAAUGUCUAUUAAAAAUCAUGCUUAAUAUUCCUAAACCAGAAUAUUUCAUAAAUCUUGCUAUAUAAACUUAAAACUCAUCUGUUUAUAACUUAUUAAAUAUUCAAUAUGAGUUUUAUACAAAAGUUGAAUCUUUAAAAGAUGAAAAUUAUGCUUUUGAUUUUAAAAAUCUUUAUUCAAGUUUAAUUUCACUAUUACCAAAAGCCCUAAUUCAAUAAGAUCUCUUUAAAGUUGCUUUUUAAACUACAAAAGGUGAUCAGUUAUUUCCACUUGGUGAUGCUAAAUUAUCAUUAAUAUCUUUAAUUAUUUAAAUUUGUUAAAGAUAAGAACUAACUCAACAAAUUACAUAAUUUAUCAUUUUUUAAGAUAUUUUAGAUCUAAUAAUUAAACAUUCUUACAAUAAUUAAUUAUAAAUCUUAUUUGAUAAAUUAAUUACCACUAUUGUUCAAAGCAAUGAUUCUCAUUUACAAAAUCUUUUUUUCUAAGACUAAAUUAUUUUUAAAUUUUUAAUUAAAUACAAUGGUGUAUAAUAAAGAAAAUAAAAACCAGCUUAUUAAGGAAUUUUAACUAAAAUUACAAAUUAUCUGAAUUCAAAUAUAAACAAAUCAGAAUAAUUAGAAAACUCUAUAAAUUUAAUAAAUAAAGAAUGGUAAAUUUACAUAGAUGAAUUAAAUGAAGUAAAUUUAAAAGAAUUAUAAUGGAUGUGUGGAGUCAAUCCGAGAAUAAAGGAAGAAAUAAAUUUGGAAUUUUCUAGUCCUUUUACGCCUGAACCAUUAAUUUCAUAUUAAGCAAUAGAAAAGAUAGAAAAUAGUGAUGACAAUUCUAUUAUUGAACAAGUUGAUAAUUAAAAUAAUGAUAUUUAAUUUCAGAACAAUGAUUAAAUAAAUUAAUAAGAUCUUAUUUCGAAUUCAAAUGAAACUCACAAUAAUCAGUAAGAAUUUGAACAAAAUUAAGAAAAUUAAAUUGCAGAAGAUAUAACUUAAGAACUAAAUUAAAAACAUUAAAUUUAAGAAAAAGAAUCAAUUUAAGAACCAGAACCUACAGAAUUAAUUGAUUAAAAUUAAUUAUCAGACUAAAAUACACAUAAAGAUGAUUAUGAUAAUUAAUAAGAUCUUAGUGAACCUGAACCUUAAUAAGAAAAUAAAAUUUAAUAAUAAGAACCUUAGGCAGAACCUAAUAUUGCUUUAAAUGUUCUAGAAUCUAAUUUAUAAUAAUAGGAUGAAAAUUGA